UCGCUUCCGACUCUCUCCCUUUUCGAUAAGAACGAACCAGCCAGGGACCUCCCCCCAUCCCCACUGCCCAGCAAGAACACGCCUCCCUCCCCCGACCCCGAACUCCUCGCAGUCAGCGCGAGAGAUCUCUCCCUGCUUCUUCCAUGGAGAAGGCGAUCGACCGGCAGCGCGUGCUCCUCGCGCACCUCCUCCCCUCCGCAUCGAGCCAGACCCAGCUAUCCGCGUCGCCGUGCGCGGCCGGGGACAGCGCCGCCUACCAGCGGAGCUCCUGCUUCGGGGACGAUGUCGUCAUCGUCGCUGCCUACCGUACACCGAUAUGCAAGGCCAAGCGAGGAGGCUUCAAGGACACGUACCCAGAGGACCUCCUUACCCCUGUUCUCAAGGCUGUUCUGGACAAAACUGGAAUCAACCCAGCUGAAAUCGGUGACGUCGUGGUCGGGACGGUGCUAGGCCCAGGUUCUCAGCGUGCGAUCGAGUGCAGGACUGCAUCUCUGUUAGCUGGAAUUCCUGAGACUGUCCCUGUGAGAACUGUGAACCGCCAAUGCUCAUCGGGGCUACAGGCAGUAGCAGAUGUUGCUGCUGCUAUAAAAGCUGGUUUCUAUGAAAUAGGGAUUGGUGCAGGUCUUGAAUCCAUGUCGGUGAACUCUGUUGGUUGGGAAGGCCAAGUAAACCCAAGAGUCAUUGAACUACAGAAGGCACAGGAUUGUCUUCUACCCAUGGGAAUAACAUCUGAAAAUGUUGCUCAGCGAUACGGUGUAACCAGAGAAGAGCAAGAUAAGGCUGCUGUUGAGUCUCAUGCGAGAGCUGCUGCAGCCACGGCUUCUGGAAAGUUCAAGGAUGAGAUUAUUCCAGUGCAUACAAAGCUUAUUGACCCCAAAACUGGAGAGGAAAAGAAAGUUGUGAUAUCAGUUGAUGAUGGGAUUAGGCCAGGGACCACGCUAUCUGGAUUGGCCAAGCUUAAGACAGUUUUCAAGAAGGAUGGGACUACAACUGCAGGUAAUUCUAGCCAAGUGAGUGAUGGUGCUGGAGCUGUUCUUCUCAUGAAGAGAUCUGUAGCGGUGAGCAAGGGGCUUCCUAUACUUGGCGUUUUCAGGAGUUUUGCUGCUGUUGGAGUGGAUCCAGCUGUUAUGGGUGUCGGCCCUGCGGUCGCCAUACCUGCUGCAGUGAAGUCUGCUGGCCUUGAGAUUGACGACAUUGAUCUCUUUGAAUUGAACGAGGCCUUUGCCUCCCAAUUUGUCUACUGCUGCAACAAGCUGGGACUCGACCGGUCAAAGGUGAACGUGAAUGGAGGAGCCAUCGCUAUGGGGCAUCCUCUUGGAGCAACAGGCGCCCGGUGCAUCUCGACCCUUCUGAACGAAAUGAAGCGCCGGGGCAGGGACUGCAGAUUCGGCGUGGUGACCAUGUGCAUCGGGUCCGGCAUGGGCGCGGCGGCCGUGUUCGAGCGGGGGGACUCGGUGGACGAGCUCUCCAACGUGCGCCAUAUCCAGUCGCACAACUUCCUGUCCAAGGAUGCUGCAAAGUAGAGGCGGGCGUGAAACGAAGUCGAUCAUCCUCACAAGCAGCAGAGACCCACAGCAGAAGAAUAAUUUUUACAGGCAAGAAGAAGUUUGAAGAAAUGUAAUUUCGUGGGGGAUAAAAAAGGAUGUAUUAUCAGUAACAUAAAUCUUUCAUGUACGCUUGCUCUGAAUAAAAGAUGAUUAUUUUUCUACA